AUGGCAUAUAGAACUACUAUUCGGACUUCUACUGGGGCAACUCCCUACAAUCUCAUGUACGGAAUGGAAGCAGUUUUGCCAGCCGAAGUCAAAAUCCCUUCUUUACGCAUUUUAAUGGAGGCCAAACUGGAGGAGGCUGAGUGGAUUCAACAACGUCAUGAGCAGUUGUCUUUAAUCGAUGAGAAAAGGUUAAAUGCCAUUUGUCAUGGCCAAUGUUAUCAAAAGAGGGUAGCCCGUGCUUACAAUAAGAGGGUCAAACCACGGAUAUUCACAGAAGGAGAUAAAGUGUUGAAACGCAUUUUGCCAGUACAAGAGGAAGCUAAGGGAAAAUUUGCACCAAAUUGGCAAGGCCCUUUUAUUGUCCAGAAAGUUUUGCCCGGAGGAGUGCUCAUUCUUGUAGAAAUGGAUGGGCAAGUGUUCCCUCAACCGAUCAAUUCGGACAUGUAA